AACGCGCCCUCAGUCAACUACCUGCUGAGCAUCAGCAGAAAGAAAAAUCCAACGACCAAAACCGCAAAUUGCCAAAAUCAAUUUACUCAGAUUGCUUCAGUUCAGUCCUCUGUACUGACAAUGGCGGAGCCGUACGGAACCAACGGCGCAGUCGACGUCGACGUCACCGACGACGGCGAGAUCAACACCAAAGCGACCCACCGGGAGGAGACUCUCUUCGGCGUUUUCCACCGUCUGAUUGAUGCUAUUUUCUUCCCCGGCUCCACCAGUGCCGGCACUGCUGCUCCCCUGUUCCGCCGGAUAAAAAACUCUCUUGCCGAGAACUGUCCGCUGCUUCGCGAAGCUUCUAGAAACUCUGGGCGGAACGUUCUCCUCUGGACUCGCAGGGGUAGUCCUCUCCGGGCGCUCCUCGUCAUCUCUGUUGGCACCAUUACUCUUAUUUCCUUGACAGGCCUCCUGGUCUUCAUGCUUUUCUUCCUGGCAGCAACUCUCAAUGCAGUAAUCAUCUCUCUUCUGUUGUCUUUGGCAGCUGCUGGAGGAUUCUUGGCCCUUUUCUUUGCCUGUGUAACAGCUAUAUAUAUUGGAGCAUUAUCAGUAGCUGUUUUUGUCAUUUCUGCCACCACAAUUUCUGCAAUUGCAGCUGUUCUGAUAACUACAGGCUGGAUUGGAUUCUUUUGGAUCGUGUGGCUGGCAGCAAAGAAAAGUCUGGGCCUUGCUAAGCAAUCAUUUAGCGUGACUGGUUCAGCGAUUUCAGCUUACUCUUAUGGUAGGCAUGCUCACAAGUCGUCUUCAGAUUGAAGGGUAAAGUGGGAGAACAAGCCAUGUACCUAUUGGUUUGAGGAACCUUCUUGAGAUCUAUGAGAGAGUUUUUUUCUAGAUGGCGGUUCUUGUCUGUGCUUUGAUGCAUAUUUGUUGGGUACUAUUACGCAGGAUAGGCCAGGCAGGAUUUCCUACACGUAUUGUAUAGGUUUGCCUAUUUCCUUGUCCAUAUAAGAUUACUAAAUAAUACUAUUUAUCGCCCUCCUUUGUAUUAUAUUUGUGUUGCAGAUCUCAAAUAAUACACAGAACAUAGACACAUGUCCUAUAUAUUAAACUCAGUCUAAAUGCUGCAUCCUUUCUUCUUUUUC